UCGACGCAUGGUUAACGCUCCAAGCCUGUGUACUGUGUAGUAGUGCGUACCGAAUCAUUUUGUGGCUAGAUCCCCGCGCGCGAACUUCUAUUACAUACUUUCCCGCCAAAACGAGAGUUUCACGCGCUGUGUUGUUGACCAUGACAGUGAGUUUCUGAAAAAAGUGAGUUCUAAAUUUGAAAUUCAAAAUGACAGUCGGAACGGAAGAACACGAGCCUCUUAUUUCUUCGUCGGUUGAAAAUCAGCGAGUGGCCUAUUCUACACCACAGAAUGGAAAUUCUCCCAACGACUCGCCAAGACAAAGUGGGGGGGAUGUUGCUCUUGCCAUACCGCCCACCAGGAACUACGGGGCUAUAGGGGGAGUCGAGAAGGUCACGUACACUUGGGCUGAUGUCAACGCCUUCGCGACUCAGACCAGGUCCAGGAGGCGACCCUGGAACUUCUGGAAGACCUCCUCGGAUCGCAUGUUCCAGCAGAGAAAGCAGUUGUUGAAAAAUGUGAACGGCGCUGCCUACCCCGGCGAGCUCCUAGCCAUCAUGGGUUCCUCCGGGGCCGGCAAGACUACGCUCCUCAACACCCUGACCUUCCGGACCCCAAGCGGGGUCGUCUCCAACGGCACCAGGGCCCUGAACGGCCAGCCAGCCACGCCUGAGGCUCUGACGGCGUUGUCGGCGUACGUGCAACAACAAGACUUGUUUAUUGGCACUUUGACGGUCAAAGAGCACCUUAUAUUUCAGGCAUUAGUUCGAAUGGAUAGACAUAUACCGUACGCACAGCGCAUGCGCAGAGUUCAAGAAGUUAUUCAAGAAUUGGCCCUCUCAAAAUGUCAAAACACGGUGAUUGGUAUCCCUGGUCGCCUGAAGGGUAUCUCUGGAGGGGAGAUGAAGAGGCUGUCCUUCGCCAGCGAGGUCCUGACAGACCCUCCGCUCAUGUUCUGUGAUGAACCCACGUCUGGACUUGAUUCCUUUAUGGCGCAGAAUGUUAUACAGGUACUCAAAGGGUUAGCACAAAAGGGGAAAACUGUGGUGUGCACCAUCCACCAGCCUUCUUCAGAGCUGUAUGCCAUGUUCGACAAGCUGCUGAUCAUGGCUGACGGCAGGGUGGCAUUCCUCGGCUCGCCAGAUCAGGCUACUGAAUUCUUCAGAGAACUUGGAGCAGCUUGCCCAGCUAACUACAACCCAGCGGACCACUUCAUCCAGCUCCUCGCAGGGGUUCCAGGACGAGAGGAAGCAACCAGACAUACGGUCGAUACCGUGUGCACUUCCUUCGCCAAGUCGGAGAUUGGCUGCAGAAUAGCCGCUGAGGCAGAAAAUGCUCUGUUCCAUCAGAGUAAGAUAAGCGGCGGCUGGGCGGACGCGGCGUGGGCGGGCGCGGCGGCGCUGCGCUCGCGCCGCUCGCCGUACAAGGCGUCGUGGUGCGCGCAGUUCCGAGCGGUGCUGUGGCGCUCCUGGCUCUCCGUCACUAAGGAGCCUAUGCUCAUUAAAGUGCGCUUUUUGCAGACUAUUAUGGUAUCCAUUCUCAUCGGCGUGAUCUACUUCGGCCAACACCUGGACCAGGAUGGCGUCAUGAACAUCAACGGAGCCAUCUUCAUGUUCUUAACUAACAUGACUUUCCAGAACAUUUUCGCUGUUAUCAAUGUAUUCUGCUCAGAACUCCCAAUAUUUAUCCGAGAACACCACUCCGGGAUGUACCGGGCGGAUGUGUACUUCCUAUCGAAGACCCUGGCCGAAGCGCCGGUCUUCGCCACAAUACCACUAGUCUUCACCACCAUAGCCUACUACAUGAUAGGGCUGAACCCAGCUCCGGAGAGAUUCUUCAUCGCUUCAGGGCUGGCAGCCCUCAUCACCAACGUAGCUACAUCAUUCGGCUACCUGAUAUCCUGUGCCAGCAGUAGCGUCAGCAUGGCAGCUUCAGUGGGGCCACCAAUCAUCAUACCUUUUAUGUUGUUUGGAGGAUUCUUUCUUAACUCUGGAUCGGUGCCACCGUACCUGGGCUGGAUCUCAUACCUGUCCUGGUUCCGUUACGGGAACGAGGCGCUGCUCGUCAAUCAGUGGUCAGGAGUGGACUCCAUCGCGUGCACCAGGGAGAACUUUACUUGUCCGGCUUCGGGGCAGGUCGUGUUGGAGACACUUAGCUUCUCAGAGGAUGAUUUCAACAUGGACGUUAUAAACAUGGUGCUGCUAUUCAUCGGUUUCCGUCUCCUGGCGUACUUCGCUUUGCUGUUGCGCACACGCCGAGGAAAAUAACGUAUAAAUCUGUUAAACAUCUGGAAAAAUAAUAACUCAAUUAUUAGUUUAUAUCCUAAAAGCGCUUACAUUUUUCUAGUAGGUAGCAGUCUUGUCAUCGACAGACUCUUCAGUAAUAUUGCUUAAUGCAUAUCUGUAAAUUGGCUUUUUGACUUCUUUAAACGUUUGUAUGUUAAAAUAUAUUUUUUUAUAAUUGUGGAAGAACAGCAUACCUCAAGUACAUUUUCAAAAAUAUACUUUCUAUAUGGGGACUUCAUAAUAAUGUUGUUUUACUAAUUUAAAGGUGUCUGUAGAAUGUAGUACUUUUAAUUAUUCCAUUAAAGAUUAAUGCCAUUUUAAUUGCCAUUCGACUUAUAAUUAUAAAAGCUUUAUAAUUAUUCUAA